UGUUCCAGACUAUCCCGGGCAGGGUGAAGAGCCAGCAAACCAAGCCAUGCAAGAAGACACCAAAGAGUGCUUAGUAAGCGCUUACUAAUACUCCUCUCACGUAAGUUCCAUCACUACAUUUUUCCACUCCACACCAUAUUCCUGUAUUCCCCGAUGGCACCCGUGGCAGAGAAGCUCAAGGUCCCCAGAAGGCGGUUCGUCGGCAGAACCAGCCCCGAAGUGCUGGCCGAGCCCGCAAAAAACGGCCAACAGUUGGUCAAGAACGACCGCAGACCCAUAGGAAGAAUCAUGAACCAGAUCCCCUCGGAAAUCACCGAAGAUGCCGAGCUCAACGAGGCCAUCCGCUUGUUGCCGUCCAACUACAACUUCGAGAUCCACAAGACCGUGUGGAACAUCCGCAAAAACGGCGCCAAACGUGUGGCUCUCCAGAUGCCUGAGGGUCUCUUGAUGUACUCGAUGGUGAUCUCCGAUAUCUUGGAGCAGUUCUGCCUGGUAGAGAUUGUCAUCAUGGGUGACGUGUCGUACGGAGCCUGCUGCAUCGACGACUACACCGCACGAGCCUUGGAUUGCGAUUUCAUCAUCCACUACGCCCAUCUGUGCUUGGUGCCUAUCGACAUCACUGCGAUCAAAGUGCUCUACGUGUUCGUCACCAUCAACAUCGACGAGACCCACUUGAUCAACACCCUCAAGUUGAACUUCCCACAGGGCUCCCAGCUUGCCACUUUUGGCACCAUUCAGUUCAAUCCCACCAUCCACAGCAUCCGCGAAAAGCUCCAAAACGACCCAGAAAAACCGCUCUAUAUCAUCGCUCCUCAGAUCAGGCCAUUGUCCAAAGGCGAGGUCUUGGGGUGCACUUCCGUCAGGCUCGACAAGAGCCAAAUCAGCGCCACCGUCUACGUGGGAGAUGGACGGUUCCACCUCGAGAGCUCGUUGAUCCACAACCCAGACAUCCCUGCCUAUAGAUAUGAUCCAUACUCACGCAAGUUCACACGCGAAUACUACGACCAGGACCAGAUGGUUAGAGUGCGGGACGACGCCAUCGCAAAGGCCCAGAAAGCUGGCAAAAUCGGGUUGAUUCUCGGAGCAUUGGGACGCCAGGGCAACCCUGUGACGUUGGCCAAACUCGAGCACAGUCUACAGGAAAAAGGGUUCCAAGUGGUCAAGAUUAUCUUGAGUGAGAUCUUUCCCCAAAAACUAGCUAUGUUUGACGAUAUCGAUGCGUUUGUACAAGUUGCAUGUCCACGGUUGUCGAUCGACUGGGGCUAUGCGUUCGACAAGCCGUUGCUCACGCCGUACGAGGCGAUGGUGAUGAUGGGCAAGGACGAGUACUGGGAGGGAGGAAUGUACCGGAUGGACUAUUAUGGAAAGGAUGGGUAUGGAAGGGGUGGCAAGUGAGUUCACGGAGUAAAUCAAUUUGAACAGGUGAAAACAUGUCAAGUGAACGGUGAAUGUCAGUGAAGAACGUAAUUACCAAGUGAAGUCAACUUAUUAGGUGACUUUUAAAUUCUUUUUUGGUAUUCAGGUGAAUUGCAACGUAUUGUCUUAGGUUUGUGCAAGUUUCAUUUAUUAUAGAUGCUUUUCAGGUGAAUUGCAACGUGAAUAUCCAGGUGAAAUCAUGACUAUCCUGUGAAAAGUUGGUAAUCCAGGUGAGCACUCAGUUGAAGCUGCUCCGUCAUCAGCGUCGGAGAAUGCUGCCUGCCUCGUGUUCUGAUCUGGAUGAACAUUUCAAGAAUACCUCUUAGCUCAUACCUAUGAUGAUCGUCUUCCACUGAGCUCUUCCUUCAACUUCAACAUCUUUCGUCGCUACUUGUUUCAUCAUUUCUGCCCACCAACCUGAGCUUCAUAGCGCUCCCUCA